GCCGCCGCCACCACCGGAGAUUCCUCUUCCCCGGCCACCCUUCUCGCCGGGAUUCUGACGAAUCCGGCCAUAUAGGAAUUUUCCGGCGCUGGAGACCUAUCGGCGAGGCGAGCUCCGCAUCCCGAGAUCCGUUCGCCGGCCGUGUAUAUGAGCUUCAUCUAUCAGCCAUUUGUUGAGCAACUAAGUAAUGAAAGUACGCAGAGAAUUUACAUGGCAGGGAGCAAUAUGGGAAUUUCUGAUAUCUCAUCAGAUAAAAUCUGUGAAAGCUAUUUGCUUUUCUAUGGAGAAACUUUUCUUUCAAAUGGAUUGCGAGCUUUCUUGUAUCUUCUUGGUCUUGCCUACUGCUUCAUUGGGUUGUCUGCUAUAACUGCAUGCUUUUUCCGAUCAAUGGAGAACAUUGUUAAACAAAAACGGCGAGUUGUGGAAAUUGAUGUUUGCACAAAUGCUGAAGUAAUUAAAUAUGAAAAGUUCUGGAACUACACUAUAGCAGACAUUUCUCUACUGGCCUUCGGAACAAGCUUUCCGCAGAUCUCUUUAGCCACAAUCGAUGCCAUCCGAAACCUUGGUCAGCUAAAUGCUGGAGGUUUAGGGCCAGGUACGCUUGUAGGUUCUGCUGCCUUCGACCUGUUUCCUAUCCACGCUGUUUGUGUGGUGGUUCCUGCAGCUGGUGCUUUGAAGAAGAUAUCUGACAUAGGUGUUUGGCUAGUUGAGCUCUUCUGGUCAUUUUGGGCAUAUUUUUGGCUUUACAUAAUCUUAGAGGUAUGGACACCAAGGGUAAUCACCCUUUGGGAGGCUUUAUUGACAGUUUUGCAAUUUGGGUUGCUGCUGAUUCAUGCAUAUGCUCAAGAUAAGCGCUGGCCAUAUUUAUCUAUACCACUGGAAAGAAGUGAGAGGCCUGAAGACUGGGUCCCAGAAAGCGACAAGUUGUUUAAUCAUGGCGACAACGAAUGCGGUGGUUGCUGUGAGAUAUUACCAGUCAGUGAAGAGAAAGACAGUGGAAUUGUUGAUAUUUUCUCUAUCCAUUCUUGUAAGGACACAGGUCCAGCCUACCAAAGUGUGCCAGAAAAUGAUAUGGCAGAAUUCUCUACAGCAGCGUCAAUCAAGAAGAAAAUUGUUGAAGAAGAUCUGGAUGUAAUUUCAGUUUGGAGACAACAAUUUCUUGAUGCAGUAAUAUUGGAGAGCACUGAAUCAAAGGGAAAGGAUGGUUUCUGUUUACGAUUGGCAAGAGUGCUUUGGCAAUUAAGCCUUGCACCAUGGAGAUUGCUAUUUGCUUUUGUGCCUCCAUAUCAAAUUGUUCAUGGUUGGAUUUCUUUUAUUUUCUCUCUAAUUUUUAUUAGUGGGAUAGCUUAUGUGGUUACUCAGCUUACAGAUCAGAUAAGCUGUGUUACAGGAAUUAAUCCUUAUGUCAUAGCAUUUACAGCACUAGCCAGCGGAACCUCAUGGCCAGAUUUAGUUGCAAGCAAGAUUGCUGCAGAGCGUCAAGUAACUGCAGAUUCUGCCAUUGCUAACAUCACUUGCAGCAAUUCGGUGAAUAUCUAUAUAGGCAUUGGCAUCCCGUGGUUGAUUGAUACAACUUACAACUUCGUCGCCUACCAGGAACCAUUGUACAUUGAGAAUGCAGGAGGCCUCAGUUUCUCCCUGCUAGUAUUCUUUGUGACAUCAGCUUGUUGUAUUGCUGUUCUAGUACUCCGUCGUCUGAUCUUUGGCGCAGAACUAGGUGGGCCAAAGCUGUGGGCUUGGGUGACAUCUGUGUAUUUCAUGUUUUUAUGGAUUGUAUUUGUUGUCCUCUCCUCACUUAAAGUUUCUGGCAUAAUUUAGACUCAUAUAUCUUAGGGUUGUAUGUUUCAUAUCCCCAUUGUCCAUCUUUCAUUGGUGGAAUUGUUUCAGAAAAGGUUAGAAAGGACGACCAUAUUUGAUGAAAUGCUGUCUUUUUUUUUGUGUGACAGCCCAAUAUAAAUGUAUUCGCAUAGUUGGAUUAAUUGAUCAUUGCCAAUUUGCCAUUCAUUCA